UCCUGUCUCACCUGUCCCGGCCCAGGUGCGCGUGGGCUCCCGGCAGGUGCUGGGGGCGGUGGCCGCUGCCAUGGGCGGGGCCCGGGCGGGGGCGCUGCUGCGGGGGGACCCCGCGGGCACCGAGCGGCUGCGGGUGCAGAGGAUCGGGGACCAGUACCGGGCCCUGCGGUGGUCCCUGGGGGGCGGGGACACGGCGGGGGAGGGGCCGCAGGUGGAGCCGGUCGCCCUCAGCCCCAGGCACCGGGCGUGGGUGGACGCCUGCGCCGGCCUCUUCGGGGGCGUCGACAUCUGCGGGGUGGAGGCGCUGCGGGGCCCCGACGGGCAGGAGCACAUCGUGCAGGUACGGGCACACCUGGCACAGCUGGGUACACCUGGGGCACACCCCGCCCCCGAGCAGGGCCCCCCCGAGAGCCUGCGGGCGCUGCGGCAGAGCUUCGCCAGCCUCUUCGAGUGA